GCAACCUGCCACCUCUGGAGAGGGGGGGGGGGGGCGGAACCUCUUCUGAUGUCUCCAUUUUUCAUUUGACGAUUCUUGCUUCCAGACAGCAGAAGAGCAAGAAGUGCUAAUUUUAGUCUCCAACUGUCAUUUUGUGAACGUUUCUGAAGUUAUUUACUCACGACAUAAAUCCCUAAAUUGGCAUAUUAGCCCGUCUAAAUUGCCUUUACUUCGUUUUUAGAGCCUGAUGAGUUUACAACGAGCGGUCUGGAGCUACAGUUUUGUAAGUGAACCACGUGUCUUCCAUUUUUCCUUUACAAGUCGCAGCUUGCUGUAAGCCUUCAACUUUCGACUUAAAUGUGGUUGCGAUGAGGCCUUGACAAAAAAGGCGAUCGGUAGACGUGUACCGACAAAAAUGGGCAGAAAAUGGGCUAAUUGUUUUUAAACCACACCCAGGUCAGAAUGUCAUAGGAAUUACACUUGAUUUAGUUUCUUUGGGGAGAAUGAAGUUAGAAGGUUCUAGCCACUAGUUCGUCCAUCGAUUACGGCGGCAAUCAUCCCAUCUCCUCACUUUUCAUGCCCAUCGUGUUUGACAAUAAACUAGGCCAAAAGAGCUGUAGAUGGCAUGCACAUGUCGGCUGACCUGACGUAAGUUCCUGUCUAGACGUGUCACAACAACUGGCCUCUGCUACUGGACUGAAGGAAAGUGAGCAAGCAGAGACACAAACUGAUAACUGUCUUAACGCCUACCCAGAGCUAUCUUCCCCACCCUAAGAAAUCCGAAGCGUCAAAAGUUCGGAAUUGGAGGGCCGUUAGCAAAUGAGAUAACCAAGCCUCACUUCUGAUUAGAGACAAGGUUUGAUGUCUUCUAAAUGUGGACUUACUGGAAGCCCAUAUAAUUCUCGAGACAUUUAACUGGGACUCAGGGGUGCACAGGAGUUGACACACAUAAAGCACAUGUAGGCGUGAGCUUUGCCACAUCGGCGGUGCGUUUGCGACGAUCUGCGUUAACCUUGUCUCGCCAUUGGAACACACUGGAUUUGUGAAGGAGGGGUGGGGUAAGUGCCGUGCAGGUCGUCCUCACCACAAACUAAUUCACUCGCAAAUUACCGCUGCCUCUCCAGGCAGUAAUGGUUCUAUUCGGAAACGCCGAAGGAGCUAUCGGUCUCCGUUACAUAACUGAACCAGACUUCACACACACAAGUAUCCCGGCGUUGGUGAGACACGCCGACUACUUCCCUCUAGAUUCACAUCUCAGUCAGAGCUCUCACGCCAGGUAGACUAAACUUUCGGCCCGACUCUGGAGCCCUAGACCCUGGAAGCAUACUCUUUCGGUCGGGAUUAUGAUCAUUUAGAGCAAAUUGAACGUGACGCUGGCGGAUAUGUCAUGAUUUUAGAACCGGUCUUACGAAUUCCUUCUGUCCUAGAACGGCGAUGGCAAAUAUUCACUUCACUUCCCUUGUUUUUUUCGUGUACGUCCCUUCUGACGUUCUUAGCGGUUCAAUAACCUAUGAGGACUAUAGCCUGCUCUCCAGGAUAACAGGACAAGUAUGUGUUGAUAUGGGGGCUGAUUGACUCGGGCAUUGAGAGCCAAGUACAAUGGCUCCUUAUCAUGGCCUCUAUGACGCUCCCACUCAGAGCCACUCUCACUUUCGUGAAAACUCGGCCCACUGUGCGGGGCCGGGUCGUUCGUGACACGCGUAGACGGCCUGUUUAACUCUGCCAACCACUGCACCCGAGCCUGCGUCCGGUCGCUCUGACUCUGUCUUGUCACCGGGUCCAGGUGGGUUAGGGAGGGGAGGGUGCAGCAAAUCUGCUCUCACCAUGGGCCAAUUCACAGGCAAGUCACCGCCCUGCGCCCACCACCCUGGGGGGGGGGGGGGAUACAGGUUGGACGUUUUCGUUCGCAGUGAUCGAGCUAACGUGUGCCGUCUUCAGUCGUGGUAGGUCGGGAGGCGUCAUGUGACGGCAAACGAAAGAAAAAACGAUGAUUUGCUUUUGUCUAUGAGCACUUACUGUUUUAGACUUCGUGAGGCAGAUUGUAGCAGCUGGAUUCUUCGAGGCAUCAUGUUUCACUUCACAAAGCCUGGAUGUCUCCUUGAUUCGUAAUUGAAUAGGCGAUGGAAAUAUCUAUAUCAUUGCGUUUACCUUACAUUCUUUGCCCGACAGGCUUACUUUUUGACUCCCGUUCUACGUCACAAGUCGCCGUUUCUAGUCUACGCAUCACUGUUUCAAUUCAGGAGCCAGGCGAGUCAACUUGGAGGAUCGUUGCAGAGACGGAGACCGAGGUAUGCUUGUUACUUGUUAAGACGCUCAUUUUGAGCGCCAGGAGACGUUCCCUGUUGUAUAGAAAGUGCAUGUUUUUCUAGCCCACUAGGGAUAGGCCCUUUAGGGUGCAUGCGAAACAUUUUUCGUCCUGAAAUGGAUUGGUUUUCAAGAAUUUAAUGAGCUCAGGGACUUCAUGCCAGCGUUUGUCAUUGGAAAAUGUAGUUGCUUCUGCCUGAUACGACUGGAGUAAUCCCCGAUUUAGCUGUCCUCAAUGACGUCCCCGAUAAUGCUUUCCCACACGCUACAUCCCACCCUUUUCACUUGCAGUUGACAGCAAAUAGGGGAGGCCCAGUGUUCGUAUAAAUAUCUUGACGAAACGUGUCGAGCCUGGUUUUGAACUGAUCUCCUAGUCGGUUCCACUGAGGCAGGUUUAUUUGGGACGGCGCCACUGAAUUACAAGGAACUCACACAAACUGCUGCAACCGCGUCCGUUAAAUCACCUGUGCGAUCUUCGAGCUGUUGUGAUGACGAGUAUGGAUUGUUUCAUUUGAGACGUUGUCCGUGCAUCUUUUGCAGACGACAGUAUUCGAAAUCGUCAAGUUUCUCCCCAUAUUCUGCACACACGGAUGUCCGGAUCACGCGGAUCUUCACGCGGGUAGGACAUCGCGACGGGUACAUAGGUACCUAGGUUUACGAGACAUCUACGAGCAGUAUGGAUUCGGGCGCCGAUGUUAUGCUUACUCUGUCCGUUUGGCAAUAGCCUUACCCCUAGAUAAUUGAGACCAUGCCUUUUCCAGUCGUCGACCACCAAUAAGGAGGGGUUUCUCCCUGCUAGAAAUGCAGCUUAAGAGUAUGUACUUCGGUCUUCGCAGCGUACAUGGUAUGAGUGUGCGAUAAAGGGCAACUUCGGCUUUUGAGACCCACCACGGAACUCCGGCUCGCUAGCUGUGUAAGCGUCCUGUCCGGGCUCAUUUACUUGUUAAUUUAAGCCCGGCCCGGUAAACAGGAUGUUUGGAGGUGGAUUUGAUAGGCACAGUCACUGCACGGAGAUCUCUAAGUUGUCCAGCAUAGCGUCUGGGCAUAUUCUCAAAUUAGGGUUGUACUAUCUAACUCCUUACACUGCAACUGCAUUCACUCUAUUUUGCCGUACAAUUAUGUCUUUCGCUCUGAUUUUUCUGCCCAUCCAGACCAAGGACAGCCCCACUUUCCACAAAGCCGUCAAAGUUAGCUCGGACAUGUUCACAGAAUCGGCAACAAUUCGGUUAUCUCUCAUGGAGUUACAAGACUUGCGUUCAGCUGCGGUGAGCUACUUUUUUCAUCACCUCAUACAAAAAAUUUCCUUACGACCUCCCUCCCCCCAGUUUUUAUACAUUUUUUGCAGGGGUUCACGCAUUCUUUUAUAUUUUUGCGUGUGCUUCGAAGAAAAAUUUUCUCCCUUGAUUUUACUUCAUAGUUUCUUUGUGCGAAGCGAAGCACCAAAUGUGACUGACAUGCGCCGAUUUAUCCCAUUUUGCCUUGAAUCUCGGUCAGGUGGUCGUCCGGGCAGAGGCACUGAAAUGCCUGUUUCUGGCGGAUUAGCCGUCAUCACUGGGCAAAGCCCUCACCUGUGCCGUCGUGUCGACAUCUUCUGCAUGCUGUGCUUACGCAGACGUCGACAUGGCCUUUAUGUUAACACGAGGAGCGAUUUCGCUCCUACAGAGUUGACAUGAACGCUUCUUUUAGCGGGUGGUUUGUUCUAGCUUGCUUACUCCUGACACUGACCAGUUAGUAAAGCGGAGCCGAGGUGAACAAAACAGCCGACCUCAUCCAACCUCCCGCUAUCCAAGGGGCUCCAUACGGCGUAAGGCUGUCGAACAGUACUUUGGCUUUUUCAGUGCCCUGAUUUACACAGAAUUUGAUGAUGACGACUUAUGUGAGUGAGCUCCCCCGGCAGGGCCAUGUCGUUGUCAUAGUUACGAUUCUAGAGGUCGUGACAUACCCUCGCAUCUUCGUAGCCGUUUCGACAGCCGAAUACAUCACUCGUUAGAAAAAGGGCUGGUAAGAGGCGGUGUUCUUGGACCCCAGUAUACAGCCUUAUUGGUGUGAUCUGACGGUAUGCCUCCAUCAAGUUCAUGCGUUCAGAUGGCGUGCCAUAAUCCAUCAAGGCCUUCUAGAGUGCACUUCUGUCAGCGGAGUCCGACGUCGCUCUGUUUCUCGAGCCCCAGAGGAGCGCAAAUAAUUCAGGAGGACGCUAGCAAAGAUUACCAAGGAGACGUCGAUUAGGCUGAUGCUCCUCUGGCUGAGUCACCCCGUACUGCCCCCCGGAAAAGAGACAUGACCUGUUUUCAGUCGCCAGUUGGCUACGAUCUCACUUGCUGUCGUUGACCUGUUAGCAACCAGCUGCUCUUCUGCACUCGGUUGCCCGUCUGUGGGACUGUUUUCUCUGACGGGGAGACCCCGACCUUAGAACCAGGAGGAACGUGUUCGUCCGGAGUAUGCCUUUUAACCACGUGAUUGGACUGGUUACCUCUGGCUUAUUUAUCGACGUAUCACUUGCUGUGGUUUACCUACUCAGAAAUUAUCCCGGUUUGUGCAAUACGCCACUUACAGCUUGGGCGAGCUGCUAAGCCCGGCGAAGGAUGUAGGCGAUAGAUCUAAAGUCAUAUAAUUGAUUUCUCCCCUCAAUCGGGUUUUCUAAGGUGCCCUUUUCUUCCCCUAUUAAAGCACAAGAAGUGUGCAUUUUAAUGACCACCCCAAUUUCACUUUGCAGUCUAAGGUUGUCGCGGUGACUACUGUUUCGGCCGCCGAACUCUGCAACGCAUCUACACUGCAGCUCAGAAUGUGUGAACCUCCGUCCUCUGUCGUCCCUUUCGGUAGUCCUACUCUUGCUUCUUCAAAGGAGACAGGACGUGCUUUUUGCACUCUUGUCAUUCAGGUGAAAAAGUUCCAGCCUCAAUCGGACUGCUCUCAGGUAGGUUUCACACACAUGUGUGUUUGUGUGUUCCUUGCCCCUAAAAGGGGCCAGGCGGUAGAUACGCUCGGACUUCGGUAGGCGCACCCACAACAAAUGUCAACCCUAGAGGUGUGACGGCAAGCCCAGUUGCAGGCUCACGUCGCGCCAAUUGGAAUCCGUGCCGCCCUCCCCCACUUUCUUGCCGUAUGAAAUCCUGGCCAGUGUGCGUUGCGGACCAGGGGGUAUGCUGGUACACUUAGGUGCCGGUUCUCUCCUGCCCUUGGUUUUCCUGACUGUGUCUUGGUACCGAGCCGACGUGGGAAAGGAGGGGAGAGUGCGCUCGAUACAGCGCAAGUCAACCAUCACUUUAAACUAGCUCACGCGCACGUCACCGUCUCUGCUCUCACUCUGCUGUGGAGAGAGAGAGAGGGAGAGAGGAAUGCGCUUUAUUUUGAAAUCGUAAGUUCAAAAUUUUCAGCAAAAAAUUGGCUCCAUUCACUGUGGGCAGGAAAUAAGUUAAGAGAUUAUUCAACAGUCAAAGAGACGAUUAUUAUGGGGAUAGUUCGAGUCUGAGCUUCUGUAUUUCUGUCUCUUCGCACGUAAGAUAGCGCGCUAGGAAUGGCAAUACAGAAGCUCGAUAAGCCGAUGUGCGACGGGGCAUAAGACGGAAGUUGCGGCGCAUCGGGCGGGAAGACUUGGCAGACAUAAGGUCGGAAUGUAGGGGAUGGGCAACGUCAUCUAGAAUUCGACCAGCAAAUUGCUUGACCGCAUUGAAGUGUCGUUGUAAGAUUGUGUCAACUAAAAAAAAAUAUAAGAAACGCCAGCAGCAGAAGAGAACAUGCGGAGGAUUCGUUUCAAAAUUAGAAGAUCCUUUUUUAACAAAGCAGGAAAAAUGACAGGAAAACAGUAUAGGAUAAGAGGAAGAAUGCAGGCAUCAAUGAAUCGCCAGACUAAGGGUUGAGGUGUGUGGUAGAAACGCAAACGACGAAUGUAGUAAAGAAGUUUACGAAAUUUAAUAAAUAGGGACUCAAUGUGGAGGGAAAAAGAAAGAUUUGAGGACAAAGUAACGCCGAGAUACCUGAAAGAGGAUACUUCGUUAGGAAGAAUGUCAGAGGAAUCAGGGUUAGGAGAGGGCCGCAGUCGAAAAAUACACUGAACGGAUUUUUGGUUGUUAAUUAGGAGACCAUUUUCCUCCGACCACGCUAGGACAUGGUUUAGGCCAUCCUUUAGAGACCGGAGGUGUGUCUGACCUUUGAGAGGGUGUCCAACAACCACAUCGUCAGCAUACUUGACCAGAAGACGGUCAUUAGGGGACCUGAGAUCAUCAGUGUGGAGGGAGAAAAGGUGAGGGGAUAGAAUGGAACCUUGAAGAACACCGCAGUCGUAGGGAAGCGUCGAAGAUUUCCGCUUGCCAGAUUGGACAAAUUGGGUGCGGAAGGUAAAAUAAUCGCUCAACCAAGAGACGACCCAGCCUGGAGAGCCACAUGCGGAGGUUUUGGAAAGGAGAAGAGGGCGCGGGACGGUAUUGAAGGCGGAGGAGUAAUCAAGAAAAGCGCACGCAUACUCGCGGCAACCCUUGUCUAAUGCUUUUAGAGCAGAGUGGACCACAAGAGCGACAGCAUCUAAAGUACUCCGUUUAGCUUUGUAUGCGAAUUGUAAGGGGUCGGAAAAACUGGAAGAAAAAGGCUUUAUGAUAUCUAGGGCAACUCUUUCAGCAAGCUUUAGUAUUGUAGAGGAGCAGGCAAUUGGGCGAAAAGAUUUAGGACCAAAGUUAGCAGGCUUUUUAGGGAUGGGAGUGAUUCUCACUGUACGCCAGGCGUCGGGAAUCUUGGACUCCAUGAAAGACAUGUUGAUUAGGUGCGUUAAAAUAGGGGCCAUCUGAGAACUGCAAGAUUUAAGAAGAAAAGGCGAGACACCAUCCGGUCCGACAGCUGUUGAUCCACGGACCUUUUUAAAGUGUUUCUCUACUAUUGCCAAAGACACUGGUUGGAAUGUACUCGGUGAUAGGGGAAUGUCUUCUAAGGGAAGAUGGGAGUCAUUGUGACUAAAUAUAAAAUUUUUAUUUAGGGAGUCUAAAUCUGCAUCCACAUGCACCAGCGUGUUGCGAUGGCCAGUGAGACGCUUAAGAUUUUUCCAAAUCUCAGCUGAGGAAGGGGGGGAAGGGGGGAGUAAGAAGAGGAAAAAAGUUGGCUGACAAACAGGCUAUUUAGCCUGUCAAUCUCUGUUUUUAUUAAGACGGUAACGCCCUUAAGGUUAUCGCGUAAGCCUAGCUUGUAAAGGAGUUCUUUUUUACGUCUUAACGAUUUCAGAUAGGGGGAAGAAAUUCUAUCCGGUCGUACCAUAACAGUAUCAAAAGGGCAGCAAAUAUCGAAAAUUUCAUUUAAAAACGCUGUCAGGUUGGAAGAACAGGAUUCAACAUUAGAAUGUUCAAGGAAAGUGGGGAUAGUAAGAGAAAUGCAAGUCUGAAGCAUGAGAAUGUUUUGGGCGGACGUGUUGCGAACAUUAACCUUUCUCUCAGGCUUGGCAAGCAGUGCACGUUUCGAAGUGGAAUAGAUUUUUGGAAGGCACAAUAAAGUGGAAUGGUCAGAACCUGACACUGGAGCCCUGUUUUUUACGCAAAAAAGCUUGCUGUGGUUAGUCAGAAUAUGAUCAAGAGGGGCAUCUGCGCGAGUAUUAAAGGAGGUAAGAUCAUCGAAGCCUAAAAGUGUAAGGGGACGUAAAUUCACGCGAUUAAAAUCACCGCAUAAGAGAGUAAGAUAGUCGCAGGAUAAUAUAGCAAGUUUUUGUGAGAGGAAGUCGAAAAAACGGGUUAAUGCGCCUUCACAGGAAGAGGGGGGAAUGUAAAUACUAACAAAUAUGAUGCCCUUAAAGUUACUUAACAAACGAGGCUUACAUAAAACAGCGAUUACAUCUAUUAAAUCAUCAGAGUAAGAAAAAAGGGACUUACAGUCUCUACACCAAUUUUGAUUAACGAAAAUGGCAACGCCUCCACCUCUGCCACAAGAUAAAGAUUUUCUAUCUGUUCGAAAGCAGUAGAAGGGUGGGGGCGUAAUAAGUUGCGAAUCAAUGUCACUAUUAAGCCACGUCUCUUGAAGGCAAACAACUUCAGUUUUGCUGUGUACUUUUUUCGACAAAAGUAGCUCCAAAUCAUGGGUUUUGUUGAAAAUAGAACGACAGUUUGUCGACAAGAAGGCAGGAAUUGACAAUUUGUGAUUUGGCUGAUGUUUGAAUGCGAAUUGCCAGCCACAACGGUGUUUUCUCCGAUGCAUAGGCCGUUGUUGACGAAUAUUUGAUAGAUUCAACACAGAACGAUCACAACUACGACAUAUUGGCCGUAAAGUAUAACAGUUUGCAUCAUGGUCGUUCGUAAGUGAAAUUGACAAUUUAAUUCCGUUCAAAAGGGUGCUAGCGUACUGUAGAGACGACCUCAUAAUCUUAGCUCAGACAAACAAAAGAUGCAAAACAGUUGAAUAUAUCGAAGAGAAAAGGCACAAUAAUGUACAAUUAGUAAAAAUCCACACGCGAAUGGAGAGCUACAAAAAUGGCGGCUCAAAUUCAAAAGCCCGCCGAUGCUUGUGGAGCACACGGUUGACAUCGUCGGUAACGACGGUCGGACAUCCAGCACUAUUUUCGUUGAAAUUUCUAAAUCCCGUCAAGCCUUGUUCCUUUAAACUACUUCCACAUCCAGUGAUGCGCUUUUCGAGGGUUUCCUGCACUGCUUACACCAGCCGCCUCCACGCACAAUCUCUCGUUUGUUUUCCUAGGCCAAACAGCUCAUCCGAUAGUUCAUAGAAAAGUAUAGAGCCUCGAUCACGAUAAGUGUCUUACGGUAGAAGAUCACGACCCCUGGCAGUGUAAAGAGCGUGUCGAGGGAAUUUUGUAAAAGAAGCAAUUUGUGAGGGCAACAGGGAUUCCAGCGCAACAUCAUCCUUUUCUGGCGCGAUGAUUUAUUUCACUUCCAUUUUGUCCUAGGCUGAUUCCCCCUAGGCAUGAAUUCUCCAGAGAGUAUUAAGGAUGAAUAUGGGGAUGGGGCACCGUUGGUAGAGGUCAGGAACCUUGUCUGGUCGUAGCUACCGGACUUGUUAGGCUGUACAUAUAGCCGCAAGUGCGUCUUUUUUCCCCAGUGGGGCCUGAGAGACUCGAGAAUAAUUUACUCCACUUACUUCCCCCCACAGUCAAGACGACUGGAGGUAGGCGUGGGUGCAUUGACUGACCCUGAAUAUGCCCCGGUCUACGCGCGCCACACGCGUGAUGAUCCCUUGUUUCGCACAGGCCAGGCUUUGCUUACUUAAAUUUGGCGUCAAUAAGAGUUGAUAUAUUGGUCAUGUUGAGAUAAAGAAACCCAGUACAACCUGCUUUCAGUCAGAGGACCGAGCUAUUUCAUCAAUUCGUAACCCUCCAACCGCGACUUUUAGCAUCCAGUGGUAGCCCGAAAUCACGCUCCACUCUUUAUCGUCGAAAAAGGUAGAUGUUGAGACGGCCUCACUGUUUCUUUCCACCCAUCAUCUACUAGCGGAAGGUCCGACCAAGUCGAGUAGGGGCGAUUUCGGGCCCGGUGGCCGAAAUGACAAAAAAUUCUCACUCCACGCGUGCGAGUCGUCGGGGUUUACUAUCGAGCUGGUCGAGUGUGUUAAAACCCGCUUUCAAAUACUCCUUGACAUACUUAUUACAGCUGACAUGAUCUCAUUGUGUUUUCCAAUUACAUGUACUCGAAGAAACGUCAGCUCUAUACGUCUCGUGUCCGAAUAGUUGACAAUCUGAGUCAUAACUUGAUUAUGCGGCCUGUGAGUUAUAAAUCGAACUUUUUAUUGCUACCUAGGCACGUUUUAUAUUUUGAUAGAGGGACGCUCACCGAUCGUUUUUACGGAACGCACUCGUCCCGUUGCUCCUUAGGGCUCUCUCUCGAGCCCAACCAGCGGCCGCACAGCAGUGCGUGUUAUAGGCAGAAUGGCAUUAUCAGCAAAGAUAAGGGAGACUGGAAUGGCCAUUUCUGGCUCAUUAGCCGUCGUCAGCCAUCUUCACUCAACGCCGAAGUGUGGAACACCUGGGGCUCGAUCCCGCGACCUGUUGGUUAGAAGUCCAAGGCCUCUCACCACUGGGCCACGGGCUCGUUGUCCUGUUAGUUACGAUCAGGAAUAUGCAAUGGUAGAAGGGUGCGCACUGAUCGGGGGCUGGGUGUGGCUGGCUGACGACGGCUAAUAAUCCAGAAAUGGCCAUUCCAGUCUCCCUUGUAUUUGUCGGUCAUAUCAUCCUGCCUAUAUCAUGCACCGCUGUGCGGCUGCUCGUUGGGCUUGACAGAGAGCCCUAAGGAGCAACGGGAUGAGUGAGUUCCUCAAACACGAUCGGUGAGCGCCCCUCCACCAUUGCCUAUUCCAGAUCGCAACUGACAGGACAACGAGCCCGUGGCCCAGUGGUUAGAGGCCUUGAACUUCUAACCAACACGUCGCGAAAUUGAACCCCAGGUGUUCCACACUUUGGGGUUGGAUAUAGCUGACUGACGACGACUAAUAAGCCAGAAAUGGCAAUUCUAGUCUCCCUUGUCUUUGGCGGUAAUGCGAUUUUGUUUUAUAUUCAUUUGGAGCCUAUUUCGUAUUGUUGCAGCAGCUAGGAUGAUGCCCUCCUGUAACCUCGAAUGUCUACCGCCAUGAUCAGUUGCGGCACUAUAUGCAUUCUAGCAAGCUUACUCUCUCCUCGGAUGACGUCUAGUCAGCGCGACCGUCGCAAACGGCGAUUUCCACCACACCUCCCACGGCAUGGUUUCCACGGGACGGUGACUUGCGUGUGGUUUAGUUCGUAGUGGUGGCAGACUUGCGCAGCAUCUGCUGCACUCCUUAGCGACCCGUCUGAGCCCUGUGGUAAGACAGUGUCAGGACGACUGGAUGCGAUUUCGGGUGUAGGGACUGACAAGCUAAACAGCUCGUCUACGGGUGACAUACACACCUUGUUUGUGCACGAUAGACCAGAUUUUCAUAGAAACCAGAUGGCAGCUCGGACCCCAUGUGGGCGGAGUGUCACGGAAGCCACACCGAGAACGAAUCAUUACGACUUGACUCUCUGUCCUGAGAGGAGGACCAAGUUAUCCCGUCAGUUGGCAACCUUUCACGACUGCCAGCGCGUCGUGACAGUCUCUAAACCCAUCAGCUUGUUUCUAGCGAGGAAUGUGCGGUGAUUGCCGUACGGACGCAUCACCGUAGUCGACCUCACUCUCUCCCCCUCUCCCAGGCACCAGCACGUCCGAUCUGAUGCCGAGAUUGGUCGUGAGUGACUGGCGCGGUGGGAUCCUGCGACUAGGCCUGCCACCGCACUCACAUCUGUGACGCUUAUUAUGGGAUGCGCGGAUUCUGCGCAACCCGAGUAACACGGAUUGUGCCCGAAUCUGUCCCCGUGUUGGUCCAGCGCAUCUCCCACAUGACCCGUUGCAUUGGCACAGGACGUCGGGUGCACCCCCUAGACACUGCCAGACCUGCCGACCUUGGUGACUGCAGUCGUGUGCUUUUUUGACUGCGUUCUGGUGGAAGAAUUCUACGAUAAGUUAAAGUCCAAUGACCACAUUUUACACAGAUAAUUGUCGCCUGACUCCUCUGAAUUACUUCUCGACUGACUUGAACUAACUUCUCUUCUUAUUUGGAAUCGUUUUGAUGUCAAUAGAUUUGGAUUUAAACUUGCAUCUUCAGUAAUGCGCCCUUUCCUGUUUGUGCAAUCGCUUCCUCAUCCCGCCAAGUGCUUUCUAGUGCAAUCUUUUUUGUUUUUUUAUAUAGAGCGACCCACACAGUGCACGGCUGCGCAGCGUCUGUGAGAACAUACUCAGUCAAAACUACAUCUUCUACCACACUCUCGGUGAAAAUAUGCGGGUCGUUGAGCUGAUGGGCGAAUCAAAACUCGGUUUUCAGUUUCCAAUUGAAUAUGUGUAA